AUGGUUGAGCGAGUUGAGCUGCUCAACAGACCAAUGGUUGAGCGAGUUGAGCUGCUCAACAGACCAAUGGUUGAGCGAGUUGAGCUGCUCAACAGACCAAUGGUUGAGCGAGUUUCCUGCUCAACAGACCAAUGUUUCCUGCUCAACAGACCAAUGGUUGAGCGAGUUGAGCUGCUCAACAGACCAAUGGUUGAGCGAGUUGAGCUGCUCAACAGACCAAUGGUUGAGCGAGUUGAGCUGCUCAACGGACCAACCAUUGAGCAGUCUGAAGCAAACAAGAUGGCUGCCGCUACUCCACUGUUGUCACAACUAUACCGGCGCCUGGACACCAGUGCAAUCUACAGCUACAACCUUGUCCAAAUGUCUCCGCUUUUGCAAGAGAAUGUCCUGGAUGAGGAGCAUGUCUCCACAGCACUUGCAAGAAUGACCCCCUGA